UGGAGGAAAGUUUGGAAUUUCUGACACAUAGGAAGAAAAAAAAAAGGAGGAGGAGAUAACGAAAGAAGUUUGACGUUUAGGAAAACAAUCCUCAUUCCUCCGAAGGCGAAGAAGAAUGAGGAAAAACUGCGGACGUGAGGAUUUGAACCGCUUGUGUUGACACUGAGCCCUUGCAAGCUCACGGCAGGGAGGGAGGUGUAUAUUUGCAGUUUGGGGAGUUUUUUUUUUUUUUUGGAAGCCCUCCUGCAACUGGCGGCGACAUAUGUUCAGUUUUUCCCCCGCAGCCGCGGAGCAGAUUGGCGGCGGAGCCUGAAUCGCAGCGUCUGUGUGUGUUUUGAAUGGAAACGCAGGGCUGUCAGUGGAGUAAAGCUCGACUGUCGGGUUAAAGAAGUGCAGCUCGCGCUCGACUCUACAACCAAACGGCUCGUUUUCAUAUCAGCCCGAACCGUCCUCAUGUUUUUUACCGGAUAAACAUUAGAGUUUCAUGCCAACUGCGUCUGACUUAACGUUACCCCCCUCUGACACUCUGGACGCACUCGUGUUGGGUGAGGAGCGUUGGUUUUAUCAUUGCGUGUUUUGUUCAUUUCUGUCGCGAGCUCUGCUGGAUUUGUUAUCGUGCACGAGCCCAACCGAAACAUGCCAGUCAGAAAAAAAGGUGAGAUACACUUCGGAUAUACUUUUACACAAUCUGGCACUGGAGCUGAUGCACAGAGGGCUCUGUUACUGCUGGAGGAAUACCGGUCAAAACUCAGUAACACUGAAGACAGACAACUGAGAAACUCCAUCCAGAGAGUCAUCGACAUCUUCCAGAGUAACCUCUUCCAGGCGCUUAUAGAUAUCCAGGAAUUUUACGAAGUGACCUUAUUGGAUAAUCAGAGAUGCGGGGAAUCGGUGAAAGUGCCCGAUGUGAUGCCCCCAAUGAACCUGUGGGAUUUUUCCAGCAUUCAAAGCACAACGGUGACUUCAGACACCCUGCCCAGCCUUAGCACCAGCAUAGAGGACUCUCCCCUCCUAAAUGAAAUCCUUCUUGUGCUCGCUAAAGCGAAAUCCUCCCACAGUGAGCUGGACCAAAAGUACAGACAACAUGACGAAGACACAGGAUCUGCACAGGAGCAAAGCUCGCCCCAGUUCACCGAUGAGGCUCCUGGGCCAGAGCUGGUCCAAGUGGCCGAGAAGAACCUUUCCCAGAUUGAGAACGUCCAUGGCUAUGUGGCACAUGCACAUAUCUCCCCAAUGAAGGUUGAAUCGCUGGAAUGCAUCUUCGAUGGGCCGUCCGCUGUAGUGAACGAGGAGAGUCCUCCGUCUCCUACUACUCCCCUCUCCAACCCGUACCCUCAAAGUCCUGUGACCGUCCAGCAGACAGAUGCUGUCCCACCCUCCACUCUCAUAAUCCCUGUGAUCCCAAUCUCCACUGUCCCUGCGGAGCCCGCUGUCAUCUCUCCAUCGACGUCACAGGCAAAUCCUCCCCCUGUCGUGGUAAACACAGAGAGCUUGGAUUCAGCUCCAUAUGUUAACGGUACCGAGGCUGACUUUGAGUAUGAGGAGAUUACACUGGAAAGGGGGAAUUCAGGCCUGGGCUUCAGUAUUGCCGGUGGCACGGAUAACCCUCACAUUGGUGAAGACCCCAGCAUUUUCAUCACCAAAGUCAUCCCAGGGGGCGCCGCCGCUCAGGACGGGAGAUUGCGGGUUAACGAUGUGAUUCUGCGAGUGAACGAGGCUGAUGUCAGGGACGUGACCCACAGUAAGGCUGUGGAAGCAUUGAAGGAGGCAGGGUCACUGGUCAGACUGUAUGUCAGGAGGAGAAAGUCUGCAUCGGAGAAAGUCAUGGAGAUCAAGCUCAUAAAAGGACCCAAAGGUCUUGGUUUCAGUAUAGCAGGGGGUGUUGGGAAUCAGCACAUCCCAGGGGACAACAGCAUCUACGUCACUAAGAUCAUCGAAGGUGGAGCCGCACACAAAGACGGGAGGUUGCAGAUAGGAGACAAACUUCUUGCUGUGAAUAGCUCCUGUCUGGAAGAGGUUACCCAUGAGCAUGCCGUGACUGCCUUGAAAAAUACCCCAGACGUGGUCUACUUGAAAGUGGCUAAACCCAAUAGUGUCUUCAUGAAUGACAGUUUUGCUCCUCCUGACAUCACCAAUUCCUAUUCCCAACACAUGGAAAACCAUAUCAGCCCUCCAAGCUAUAUGAGCCAGCCGAUGCCCCCAGUGCAUUCAGGACGCUACUCCCCGACCCUAAAGACCACAGCGGGGGAAGAUGAUGUUUCCAGGGAACCCAGAAAGGUGGUGCUGCAUCGAGGCUCUACAGGGCUUGGCUUCAACAUAGUGGGUGGAGAGGAUGGAGAGGGCAUAUUUAUUUCCUUCAUCCUGGCUGGAGGCCCUGCAGACCUGUGUGGAGAGCUGAAGAAAGGAGACCGUCUGGUGUCUGUGAAUGGAAUAGACCUACGCAGUGCCACUCAUGAACAGGCUGCAGCAACCCUGAAGAACGCCGGACAAACCGUUACCAUCGUUGCCCAGUAUAGACCAGAGGAGUACAGCCGAUUUGAAGCCAAGAUCCAUGACCUAAGAGAGCAGAUGAUGAACAGUAGCAUCAGUUCAGGCUCAGGAUCCCUGAGGACCAAUCAGAAGAGAUCACUAUACGUCAGGGCACUGUUUGAUUAUGAUAAAACUAAGGAUUCAGGGCUGCCUAGCCAGGGCCUGAACUUCAGUUUUGGGGACAUCCUGCACGUGGUGAACGCUUCAGAUGAUGAGUGGUGGCAGGCACGGCAGGUCACUCCUCAAGGAGAGGUGGAGGAAAUGGGCGUUAUCCCCAGCAAGAGAAGAGUGGAGAAGAAGGAGAGAGCCAGGUUAAAGACAGUUAAGUUUAACUCCAAGUCACGAGAAAAAGGGCAGUCCCUCAAUGACAAGCGUAAAAAGAACCUCUUUUCCCGCAAGUUCACCUUCUACAAGAACAAGGAGGCGAGUGAGCCGGAAAUGGACGAUGUGGACCAGCAUGUCACCUCUAAUGCCAGUGAUAGUGAGAGUAGUUACCGUGGUCAAGAGGAAUAUGUGCUCUCUUAUGAGCCAGUCUGUCAGCAGGAAGUGAACUACGCACGGCCAGUGAUAAUCUUGGGUCCGAUGAAGGACAGAGUAAACGAUGACCUGAUAUCGGAGUUCCCUGACAAAUUCGGUUCCUGUGUUCCCCAUACAACGAGACCGAAGCGAGAUUACGAGGUGGACGGGAGAGACUACCACUUUGUCGUGUCCAGAGAGCAGAUGGAGAAAGAUAUCCAGGAGCACAAGUUCAUCGAGGCCGGCCAGUACAACAGCCACCUGUAUGGAACCAGCGUGCAGUCUGUCAAAGAGGUGGCGGAAAAGGGCAAACACUGCAUUCUAGAUGUAUCAGGCAACGCCAUCAAGAGGCUGCAAGUGGCUGUGCUUUAUCCCAUCGCCAUUUUCAUCAAACCAAAAUCAGUGGAGAACAUCAUGGAGAUGAAUAAAAGACUGACGGAGGAACAAGGCAGGAAGACAUACGACAGAGCCAUGAAGCUGGAACAGGAGUUCAUGGAGCACUUCACAGCGAUCGUUCAGGGCGACACCUUGGAAGAGAUCUACGAUCAAGUCAAGCAGAUCAUCGAGGAACAGUCUGGGCCGUACAUAUGGGUGCAGUCCAAGGAGAAACUAUGAGCGCCUUCAGGAGAUUAUCGUCCCCUUCUCUCUGCCUGAUUUAUUUAUUGAUUCUCUCUUUUUUUUUGUGUUCUUUUUCGAAUAAUCUCAGUCGGGCUUCUCCAACCGACGGCGUUCGCUCAACAGAUUAAUUCCUUAAUCCAACGUACUUGGAUCUCUGUUCAGUCCUACAUCUGCACCUCCUGACUCUCAAGAGAAGGUGAUCUGUCCUCCUCGGAUCUCCACUGCUUCCACGCUUGCAGAGAGCAAAAGCUGCGCCAGAGCGGCAUCUGUUUACCAGGGGUUUGGAAACGGGACAGUUCCUUAAUGUUUAAGGGAGGUUACUUUGUAAGGACAAAGACAGCGAUCUGGAUUUUCCGACACACGUCUCUCUUUUCGUUUGACCCAUCCGUUUCUGUGUUGUUUUUUGUGUAAAUGGUAACAUGGAGCCAGAGUCUCAGGCAUUGGAUUCAUUCAAAUGGUGAGAGAAACACAAAAAGGCAAAAGUUUGCACGUCGUAGCUUUUAAGACCAGGUGUUUCUCCGGCCCUUCUUUCUCGUUGUCCGUUCCGCACAUUGAUCAUCAUUGAUUUACUUCUUUUUCUCCCCUCGACUGUUGUAUUGGCAUGCUUAUUGUUCUCCUCAUUCUAAUCGUCUGCGUUUCAGAGCCGUUGUGUGUGGAUGACGGCCCGCCACCGUUAGAAUGUCGGAGUCUACAAUCAGUGUCUUACACAGAGUACAUGUUUUCAACUCUUUGAUUUACAUCUAGGAAAGUCCGCCAUUUGUAAGGAACUGAUAUUUUUAAGAGGCAAUAAAAUGCCAGCGCAUAUGUGGAAGAAAUUUAUUGUACAAUGAGAUAUUGACAGAUAUUUAACCCUCCAUAAACUGCCUAUUUUGUUAUAAUAAAAGUCUAUAUUGAGCUUUA